AAAAUAAAAACAUCGCUCAAACAUUAAGUCUUCCCUGUGACCGCUGCCACAAUAAAAUAAAACAGUCCCAUACACCAUUACGAUAUGUAUACAUCCGUGAUCAUCCAAGAUGCAGAGGAAAAAGAAGUCGGUCGGCACAAUCAAGGGCUAAAUCAUGCCUGCUGCCUAUAUUGGAUAGUUGAAGACGUUUUGUCAGCUUAAGAAGUCCCUAUGGAGUGGGAAAUCAAAAUACCAGAGAUGGAGCUUCUAUCAAUUAUUCAUGGCCAUGGGCUUGUAGCAGCUUUUAUUUUUCUACUGAUCAACUUGUUUCCGUCUUCUUCUUUGCCUCAAGGAAACAGGCUCCCUUACAUGACUUCAAACGUCAAAGAGGUAUUAGGAAAGUCCUUUGAUUAUAUAAUUGUGGGGGGAGGCACCGCCGGAUGCCCCCUAGCUGCAACUCUUUCAGAAAAAUUUUCUGUGCUUCUGAUAGAACGAGGAGGCUCACCGUAUGAAAAUCCUAUGUUGUUGGAUAAGAAGUACUUUGGCUUCCCAUUUCUCCAAACUGACGAAUUUUCAUCUGUGGCUCAAAGAUUUAUCUCUAGAGAUGGAGUUCCAAACCUAAGAGGACGAAUCCUUGGAGGAACGUCAACCAUAAAUGCUGGUUUCUAUAGCAGAGCCAGUGCUGACUUUAUUAAAAGAGUUGGGUGGGAUGAAAAGCUGGUGAAGGAGGCCUACGAGUGGGUGGAGUCUAAAGUUGUGUUUAAACCUCUGUUAACCAAGUGGAAUUCUGCUGUUAAGUCUGGCCUUCUUGAAGCAGGAAUUCUACCUUAUAAUGGUUUCAGCUGGGAUCAUAUUGCGGGAACAAAAAUCGGUGGAACUGUGUUUGAUGCAAACAGAAAGAGGCACAUCUCAGCUGAUCUUCUAGAAAGAGGGAACUCAAGUAAUAUCGUAGUUCUUCUGAAUGCUACUGUGAAGAAUAUCGUCUUCCGAAGGGAUGAUAAAGGAAAAAAGAGCAUAGUUCGUGGUAUCAGAUUCAUUAAGAGCAACGGCAGCAUAAAUCAAACUUACGAAUCUUACCUUACCCAACCAGAGAAUUCGAGUCCACAGGGUGAUGUUAUUUUGUCGGCAGGAGCGAUAGGCAGUCCCCAAAUUCUAUUGCUAAGCGGCAUCGGACCAAAAGAACAUCUUGGGAACUUCAGCAUCCCACUUUUUCUGGACUUGAAAGGGGUUGGACAAGAUAUGCAAGACAAUCCUGGAAUCAUCUUGAUCCCAAGGGCCAAACCUGAAUAUCGGCUACCAGAAUCGCCUCAAGUUGUUGGCAUAGCAAAAGACUUCAAAUUCGUUGUUGAGGGAUUUGUGCUCCCAGUAAGCUUCAAUGCAACGACACUUAUGCGAAUUUCAAUUAAGUUGGCAUUUCCAGAAUCGAAAGGGAAGCUCGAAUUGAACAGCACAGACCCUAGGCAGAACCCUGUGGUGCUGUUCAACUAUCUAGCAGAGGAAAAAGACUUGAGAGAAUGUGUCCAGAUGGUUCAACUGGUUAAGAAAGUAGCAAGGUCCAGGUCCAUUGCUCGGUUCCUGGGAGCCAAACCCCUAAUUAAUGUGACAUCCAAUCCCAAUGAGCUAAGAAACUUCUGCAGGAAGAACGUGAGGACUUAUUAUCACUUUCACGGUGGUUGUUCUAUAGGAUCAGUUAUCGAUAAUGACUAUAAAGUAAUUGGAGUGAAGGGAUUGAGAGUAAUAGAUGGCUCAACACUCUCCGAAUCGCCAGGAACAAACCCCAUGGCCACGCUUUUAAUGCUAGGGAGGUACCAAGGGAUCAAGAUUCUCAGGGAAAGGGAGGAUGCUUCUGCAUUUGGUAACCAACAACACCCGUAAUUAACGAACUCCCAACUUCAGCUAUAUGUAUCAUUUCUAUAGAUUUUAGACAAUUUGCUGGGAAGUUCAGUCGAAGGAAAUAAUUCACCGUUUUAUGGUUAUUGUCCUUACUUACAUUGCAUGACUCAUCUUAUUCUGCUCUCCACAAUGGUCAGAGAGUUCCCAAUUACACUCUAGAACUAAAUAUUUUUUCUUGAGUUUAACUUACUGACCAACCAAAGAAUAGUUUACCUAUUAAAUCGCUUUUCACAUCUUCGUGACUUAAGAGUUAAGCACAACAUUCUGCAGCAGUAUCAAUCAACCAAUUAGCUGCGAAAUCUUAAAUUGACAGAGCGAGAAGUGACAGAAUGCUUAAAUUGCUUGUUCCCUGCGAAGUCUUCAAUUUCAGAAAAGCGCAUAUGAAAAAUAUCAGAGCAAGCAAUCACUAUAGCUGCAAAAUCAUCAAAUUUUAAAUUUGAGCCUGUCCGUUGCUUUGCAGGGCACGCCACUCACAAAAUGGAUUUUCCUGUUGAAAUGCCUUUGUUGUCUGGAUACUCCAAUUAAUAAUUCUACACCUCCUGUGGCAAAAGGUGAGAACGCUAUCAGAGCCCUUUAAAUUUAAACUUGGUGCUGCUUAUUUUCUGUAACAAUAUUCAUGUGGAUUGUUCGACAACUAACGAAUUUGUUUGUGUUGAAAAUUGAUGUCGGAUUUUUAAAAAGUUGUCCACAUCCUUUUCUGCAAUCUCACAAAACAGAAAAGCAUAUGAGAGAAAUAAAAGAGAAAUGAAAAUCAAA